CCAUGUUUUGCUAAAGUCGUGUCAUCUUUUUUUCGUGUGAACGUCAAAAAAUAAAACAGACAAAAUAAUACAAGAAUUUAUUUAUAAUUUCUUUAAAAACUACACAAAAAUUCCAUAAAAAAUAAAUGCAUUUUUUUAUUUAAAACAUUUAUAAUAUAUCAAAUAACAUUCAAAUUGCAAAAAAAAACACUUGAGAAAAAGUAAAACAAAAUGAACCGUACCGAUGGCCUAGUACGAAGGGUGAAGGCUCGUGAUACAUCAGCAGAAGGUGGCAAUGCAAAUACAAUCGACGAUAAUAAUCAAGACUCGCUGGACAAUAACAAGGACCAAGAAGAUAAUAUUGACGAUGGCGAUUCCAAAGAAACCCGUCUAACUUUGAUGGAAGAAGUCUUAUUGUUGGGUCUUAAAGAUAAAGAGGGUUACACAUCGUUUUGGAAUGACUGCAUAUCUAGUGGCCUUCGUGGAUGUAUCUUAAUUGAAUUGGGAAUCCGUGGCCGUGUGAUGAUGGAAAAAGCUGGCAUGCGUCGUAGAGGAUUGUGUUCAAGAAAACUUAUACUCAAGUCGGAUACACAAACAGGUGAUGUCCUUCUCGAUGAAGCUUUAAAGCAUAUCAAGGAGACAGAUCCACCAGAGACUGUUCAAAGUUGGAUUGAAUAUUUAAGUGGUGAAACAUGGAAUCCACUUAAACUAAGAUACCAACUAAAAAAUGUCCGUGAAAGACUCGCUAAAAAUUUAGUUGAAAAAGGUGUCCUUACCACAGAGAAACAAAAUUUUCUCUUAUUCGAUAUGACAACACACCCACUUAGCGAUAACGUUAUUAAAUGUCGAUUAGUUAAAAAGAUACAAGAUGCUGUACUUUCGAAAUGGAUUAAUGACCCACAAAGAAUGGACAAACGUAUGCUGGCGCUGAUAUUCUUAGCUCAUGCAAGUGAUGUGCUUGAGAACGCAUUCGGUCCCCUCAACGACGACGACUAUGAAGUGGCAAUGAAACGAGUGAGAGAACUUCUCGAUUUGGAUUUUGAAGCUGAAGCGGCUAAGCCAAACGCAAAUGAAAUUCUAUGGGCUGUCUUUAUGGCAUUUACGAAAUAAUCGAAAAUCCACAAAGACCAGUUCUUUUUUUAUAUUCAUAAUUAUGUUUUAAUUAUUUUUUAAAUAAAUAAGAUAUUUUAUUCUCUA